CUGAUUGUUGUCUGAACCAAUUUUACUUCUUUAAGCUGCACAAGCAAAAGUUUCCCACAAGCCUCUUUCUCUUCUUCCCAAACACCUCUCUCUCUCUCUCUCUCUAUUCCUGAAAAGCAAGUAAUUAAGAGAAAGAAAACACCAAACACAGACGCAAGCAACAUGUCUUCUCCAAGCAAACGCAGAGAGAUGGACUUGAUGAAACUGAUGAUGAGUGACUACAAAGUGGAGAUGAUUAACGAUGGAAUGCAAGAGUUUUAUGUGCAUUUCCAUGGACCCAAAGAGAGUCCCUAUCAUGGAGGUGUGUGGAAAGUAAGAGUUGAGUUGCCAGAUGCUUAUCCUUAUAAGUCUCCUUCCAUAGGCUUUAUCAAUAAGAUCUAUCACCCAAAUGUUGAUGAGAUGUCAGGAUCAGUUUGUCUUGAUGUCAUCAAUCAAACCUGGAGUCCCAUGUUUGAUCUGGUCAAUGUGUUUGAGGUGUUUCUACCACAACUUCUCUUGUACCCCAAUCCCUCGGACCCCUUGAAUGGAGAAGCUGCAGCUUUAAUGAUGCGUGAUCGAGCCACUUAUGAACAAAGGGUUAAAGAGUACUGUGAGAAGUAUGCUAAACCUGAGGACAUAGGAGCUGCCACGGAAGAGAAAUCCAGUGAUGAGGAGUUAAGUGAAGAUGAAUAUGAUUCUAGUGAUGAACAAGUUGCUGGUAAGGCAGACCCCUAGCCUUGCAUGUCUUUUUCUAUCUUACCUGUACAUGAUGUUCUAGUCAUGUUAAUUCACCUCAUUUGAUGUAAUGUACUUGGUUGUGUACUGGGGAAAAUUCUCCUUCCUGUUAGUUUACUCUGUCACUGUAAAUAAUGUGCCAUGCAAUGUUAUUUAUUCUUAAUUACCUUCAACUAAAUGGAUUAACUGAUUGUUUUA